GUCAUUUCCGGAAAAGGAGCACUUGAAUUAUUAACAAUACAUAGUGGCGCCCCAGUACAUACCGGGAAAUAACACCACUACUCGGUACAUUCCGAUGAAACAGAGUUUGUUAUCGGUCGAAUAUGGUGUAAAUACAGCAAUUUGUUUGUAACUUUCUUCGGAUUUAUUCUUAAUGACAAUACUUUCUGUUGGAAGUUGAUGGAAACGAACGUCAGCGAAAGGAUGGUGAAUUUGACCAGCAACCAGUCCGUGGUUGGGGACCUUGCCGACUGGAAUAGCGAAAUCGCUGCUGAUCGUCUGCCCAACACAGUCGUACUGUGUUUUUAUAUGAUAAUUGGAGUGAUUGGUAAUUUACUUGUUAUUCUUGUGUACAAAUCUCGCACGCACAUGCAGACGGACAAUCGUUAUUUCAUUUUGUUUCUGGCGGAGCUGGAUCUUGUUGCUGUAGUGCUCUGCUCUGCCUACUCCUUGUUCCUCAACUUCUCCUUCGUUCUCCCCAAAAGUGGUUCUGUGUGUAGAGUGUUUUCAUUCUUUAUCCAGACAGGGGGCGUGACCUCUGGGAUCGUGUUGCUGUACAUCUCUAUUCAGCGCUACAAGUUAGUGUGUAGACCAACACGACGCCAGAUCAGCGCACGACACCGAAAAAUCAUGUUGGGGAUCAGUCUCAUAGCAGGCGCGGCUUUUUCGAGUCCUAUCUCGGCGUUUUACAAUGUAAGCGAAGUAUAUGAUGCUGGGAGAAAUGUGACGGGGUUCGAGUGCGGUAUUGUGAAGCCUACGCCUCUCCAUGGCGUUUUAUUCUCAAUUUAUAACGGAAUCUUAUUACUGGCAACAAUAGUCGUACUGGUUACCAUGGCAGUUUUAUACACAUUGAUUUUGAAAUCAAUGAGAAAAAGAAGCGCCACAUUCAAAGAACGCGAGAGCCGACGAAAGCAGCUUCGCGAAAUGGCUGAUGCCAAUACGGUUGAUUUAUCCAGCGAGGACUUUUUGAACAGUUCGUCUCAAAUGCAGACAAGUGACACUGGCAUUGAAUCGCGAAAUUCGCAAUUUAUUCUAAGCGAAAUAACGAAGGAUAAACACCCGAGAUCCUCUAUGAUUAUCGAUAGAGACGAUCGUAUGAAUCCCAGAGACCCAGUCUGUCAGCGGAAUUCUUGUGUAGACAACCACUCAAAUAAGCUGACGACAAAACGCAAACGCAAAGCCAGCUAUCAAGCUGUCAAGAACCAUUUUUCAACACAUCGAUACUCGUACAUUUUUAUAUCUAUAACAUUCUUCUUUGCCCUAUCGUACAUACCCACUGUGAUAGUGUCGGCUUUGGAGUCCCGAUCUACUUAUUUUUGGAUAAACCAAUCAUAUUCCGCCUUGCAGAUUUUCCUGAUUUUGCGCAGGAUGUACAUUUUCAAUCACAUUGUGAAUCCAGUAAUAUAUGGCUAUUUUGAUCGAUCAUUUCGAAGGGAGGUGAAAAAAUUACUACGUAAAAUGCUGUGUGGCCUGGUGAAAACCGAAAAUAACAGUAUGUCGGACAAGACGAGUGGAAACCAUUACUAGACCGCCGUACUUAUACAGAAUUGUAUAUAAUGGGAUGUGUUAUUAGAAAGUAUGUAAUGCUCAGAAUAUGCAUCGAUUUUUAUUACUUCCAAUCAUUUCUCCCACCUUGAAUUGCCAUCAGAGCAACCUUGAAUUGCCAUCAGAGCAGACCUUUAAAUGAAGAAUAAAGGGGAAAAGUGUCUUCAAUACAAUUUUCUCAGAAGUCGAAUUAAUAUGAAAGUUUCCCUUCCGUGCGAAUGUGAAACAAUCAAUCUAAUUAAAAUCAAAUCUUCUCUAACCGUUAACUGCAGACGGAAUCUGACAGCAAUGUAAUUGUUCCCAAUCUCAUGGAUAAUACAUUACGUAUUCGACCAGUAAUAAUAGCUUGACGAAGAAUCAAGGACCAAUCAGGAAUCGGUUUACUAAAAAGUUUUCGGAUUGUAGGUUCACAAAAGAAUAGCGCGGUGUCGAUCCACGAAAAGUUUAGACGAAUUCCAAAUAUCAGUGCUAAAGGAAGAGCAAAGGAAGAUCUAAGAUAUUAUACAUCCAUUAUCGUUAAAAUAUAUUUUCUGUGGCGUCCUAACAUUGUUCAUCGAUAAUUCUCCCGUACUUUCUCGGUAAUUAUUGGCAUGCGUAUGAUAAUCAGAACUUUCAUGUUAGCGAAAGCCGUCAUUUCAUUAGUUACGUGUAAAAGGUGAAAUAACAUGACCCAGGCGAAAGUUCGCAACUGUGUAGGCCUAUGCGUCAUUUACGAGAGAGAGAGAGAGGGGGGGAUUUGCCGUUGAAAUAUUUGUGCCUAAAAAAUAACUGCAUUAUACAGUCCCGGUUUAUAAUUUAAUCAGCAUCAUAAUGUCAAUUCAAUCAAUUUAAAGUAUUUUUCGGAUUUCAAAUCAUCAACAUCUUGUCGAAUAUCACUUUGAUAUACUUCAUGUAUAGUAGGCGGACUGGGGUAUUUUUUGUUAGUAGUAACAUUUACCUUAUACAUACUAUGUAGUCAAAAAAAACCAAAAAAACGGGGGGAAAUCGUAUUCAAAAUGAAUGUAAAGACAGUCCUAGUAUACUCACAGUGAGUAGGCAUUAUCAAACAUUUUGGAAAUAAUUUUGUGAAUUCUUUUGGUUUUGGAAAUUGAC